AUGUCGCUCCCUAUAAAUUCACUCUACAGCCUGACGUGGGGCGACUACGGAACCUCGCUGGUGUCCGCGGUUCAGCUGCUGCGGUGCCAUGGGGACUUGGUCGAUGUUACGCUGGCCGCCGGGGGGCGUAGCUUUCCGGCGCACAAGAUAGUCCUCUGCGCCGCCAGUCCAUUUCUGUUGGACCUGCUGAAGAACACACCGUGCAAACAUCCGGUCGUGAUGCUGGCCGGGGUGAAUGCGAACGAUCUCGAGGCGCUGCUCGAGUUCGUGUACCGCGGUGAGGUGAGCGUGGACCAUUCGCAGCUCCCUUCGCUGCUGCAGGCAGCCCACUGUCUCAACAUCCAGGGACUGGCCCCGCAGACGGUUUCGCACAAGGACGACAACACAACGUACACCACGUCAAUCCAGCUCCACCCGACGCUCGUACCCCAGAACCACGUCAAGGCCGUGAUCGACGUGGGCAACAAUGUUUGCACGGAAGAUCUGAUUACGACCCUCGCACCGACACAAACCGUACAGGCACAGGUUAUUGAGACGAUCACCCCGGACCAGAUGUCGGACGAAGUGACCAAGGACGUGAUUAGCCAAUUUUUGCCCACCCGUAAGCGCAAGCAGCGCACCAAGAAAAAUGCUGGCCAAGGUACCGUCGGUGCGGCUGCCGGCAACGCUGGAGGAGCCCAGAACGCCAAGGUCAUGAAAACGGAUGAGGACGGCACAAUUCAGACGAUCAUUGUUAACAGCGCCGAGGAAGGUGUGACGGCCGCCGCGGCAGCCGCUGCCGUGGUGAAGGACAUCAAAAAGGAAACGAACCCGGACGGAACACCCGUGGACACGAAGGAAGGCAUUAUCAAGAUCAAGAGCAAGUCACAAUCGGAACAGCCCGCCACCUGCCCCAUCUGCCAGGCGGUCAUCAGACAGUCACGCAACCUGCGCCGUCAUCUCGAGCUGCGACACUUCAAAAAACCGGGCGUCAAAAAGGAGCGUGUUCGCAAGAACAAGAAAGGACAAGGCGCAAACGCAAACCAGGCAAACGGAGCAAACGGAACAAACGCUGGCAAUAACGGAACGGUAACGGUGGUAACGACCGGUGGUGACCCCACGGGACAACAGGCUCAGCAGCAACAGCAGCAGCAGCAAGCCCAGCAGCAGGCACAACAGGGACAGACCACGAUCGACACGAACGGCACGAUAUCGGUUACAGUUUCCCAGGCACAGGCUCAGCAGCUGGAACAGGCGGCGGCUAGUGGACAGCAACACGUCGUUACGCAGCACGAACACGCCGACGGCACGACUUCGCUCUCGAUCGCGCAGGUACAAACGCUGGACGGCCAUCAGCUAGCCAUCGGAAAUCUCAAUCAGGCCACAUUGAUACGCACCGGUGAAUCGAUCGAGGCAGGCAUCAUCGGAACGCACGAACCCACCCUGCGCCCGCACACGGAACUGUUCCGCGUCGGCAACACCGUGUACACGAUAGAGGAACGUCGCACGGACACGUCGAAUCGCCUGACUUAGAACG